UGUUCCUGCCAUUUAGUCUGUCGUUUACUGUUGUCGUUCCCCCAUAUACUGAAAACCCCACUCCAGUGCUGCAAAGGCCAUGUCCACCUCCAGAGGUAACCGGGAGGAGCCGCUGCCCUUGUGGAGUCGCCUACUGGACCACAAUGCUGAUGGGCGGCACCGCAAGAAAGGCAGUGGCCAGUCGGAUCAUUAUGAGGUGGAGAUCGCCAACCGACUGUGGUCGCUGUGGGGCACACCCCGAGCGGUGGAGCCCAGGGAGCCACGGAGCUCCCAACUGAGUGCCGGGUCAGCCACGGUGCCGGGCCCCAUGUUGGCCUGCUGCGUGGUAGCCUGUUGUGCCGGCAGCUUUUUGGAUCUGGACUCCUGGGACGCGAAGCUGUUGGACAGCAUCAUGGAAUGCGGGCAGGAGUACUACGAUGCCAGCCUUGGGCUCCGCCAGCGCAGGGACCCAAACGGCGAUGUGGCGCUGGAAAAUCUGCACACGUCCUGCUCCCUGCAGAGCCAGCAAUUUUGGGUGGACACUGAGAAACUGGUCUGCGGCAAGCUGUACAGCAGGAGCAAGAGCCUCGGCGGGGCACUAAGUUUAUUCUUUGGCCAGCAGUUCCAGACGGGUAUUCUGCAGGUGAAAGACCAGGCCCUGGCCUUCGGCUUUAUACCGGAAUACUCUGCGGGCGGGGCGUUCUUCAUGUUCCACUGCCAGGCCAGUGGCAAACCGCUCUUCAAGGACUCCGAGAGGGCUCCGUAUGUCCUGCGGAUGCGACAGAUGCAGCAGCUUCUGUACUGCAUCCUUAUAACACUGGACGAGCGCCAGCACAACGUGCCCUUCCGGAUCUAUAAGGUCGCCUGUGUACCCAAGACCUAGUUCUCGAUUCUUAAUGGGGGAUCACAAAAUUUUCCAAAUAGUUUUCGGUCUGUUCAACUACUAUGGAAGAAUUCUAAAAAAAAAAGAAAAAACCUCCCGCAUUUCUAUACGUAAUAUUUAAUUCAGGAUACUUCUGUUUUUAAAAUACAAGUCAUAUGCUCUAA